CUUCUUCUUCUCUGCAGAGAUCAUUGAAUACUAGAAACACACAACAAUGGACUACGAUUACAGAAACAAGUCUGGACCAUCCUACCCUCGUCCUAUGUACGAACCUUCCUCAGCAUCAUCUCCUUCUCCAGCAUCUAACCAUCCUAUGUACGCACCUUCGGGAUACCCUAAGAUCGGUCAACAAACAGGUCACGGCCAACAAUUUUUCCCACCACCGGAGAGAAACUCUUCGUUUCAGCAUAACACUCCUCCUCCGUUCCCUUCUUCUUCUUCCUCAUCUGGAUUAGGAAUCAAGGUGAAUUUGAAACCUGAGUAUCGUAUUACUCCACCGCCUCAGUUGUUGCCUCGAGUCGGAGAUAUUCAUCGGAGUAGUUUUCAGUUCGAUUUCGGUUUAGAGAGGAAAGUUCUUGCCGAAGCAGAGAAAGAUACUCCAGACUGGAGUAAAUUCGGAACUGAGAAUCCACCGGCUAAGUUUCCAGAACCAUCAUCUUCUUCAAUGGGUGUAGAUCCAGUGAUGAAAUAUGCUGGGCUCAACCGAGAAGCUGUCAACAUAGCAGUUGCAAACUACGGUGAUAAUCCCACAAAGGUUCAAGAAUUUGCAAAUGGGUUCACAGCUAUACGGGAGAUGGGGUUUCCACCAAACUCUGUUGCAGAAGCUCUCUUCAUGUUUGAGAACGACACUGAAAAGGCAUUGGCACAUUUGUUACAUGGUUCCUCCUGAUUUGGCUUUCGACUUUUAAAUCUAUAGUUAAUAUAAGUAAACAUCAAUUUGAUAACACAAAGAUUGACAAAGUAUAGAUAUUUGGUUUUACUUGUGUAAAAAAUGGAUGAUUUGUGCUAUUACUUGGUUCUAUUUGGUCUGUGA